CUUUACAGUGCCAAAGCAAAUUAUUUGAUUACUCUCUAAGCUAACGCCAUUAGGAACAGCAAUGAUAAUGUGUAGUUUUCAUAUAUACUGAACCCAAGACACGGAUAUUUCAAGAUCGUCGUGCAUAAUCGUUGUUUAUAUCGCCGAGAGAAGAAGACAAGAACCUUGGUCAUUGCGAAGCAGAUGAAUACCCCUCUUCUGUAGUUUGUUGUCCUCACUAACGAAGAUGGCCCCCCUCCUUCUUUUCAUGUUGCCACACUGAUCACAUCCACCUCCACAGGGCCACGCUAUGGAGAGGAAACGCAGAAAGAAAUGAAAACUCAAGCCAUGUGUUAUUCAGGCAUCUCAGAGUUUUGGACCUAAGCUUUUUCAAAACUGCAAUUACCCUUUCAAGUUUGUUACCUUUGUGGACACACAUCUCUGGAUGGGUAAUGAGCAGAAAAGGAACACUGGGACCAUGAGCAUACAGCUUUGUUUGCUUGUGGCCUUGCUUGGGGGUCUUUUCCCUGGGGUGGGUACAAAGGAAGAGCGUGGACCUCUCUCCACUCCUUUUCCUCCUCCCCUGAAUGCAGAUGCUGUCUUGAGUCAAAACUGUUCGCAGCUUACACUGAAACUGGACUUUUCAACCAAAUUGGUCAAGCAUGAGUACAUUGUUGCAUUUAACGGUUACUUCACAGCCAAAGCUCGCAGUCAUUUCAUCAGCAGCGCCCUGCGAGAUGUAGAUGCGGUGAACUGGCACAUCGUACGGCGGGACAAUCCUGCCAGUGAUUACCCCAGUGACUUUGAGGUGGUGGAGAUUCGGCAGGAUGCCCGCAACAGUCUGCUCACCCUCCAGGACCACCCCUACAUCAAGAGAGUGACGCCUCAGCGCAUGGUCAUCCGAAGCCUCAAAAUGAUCGACUCGGGCACUGAUGGAGGAUCCCCAUGCAAUGACACACGCUGGAUGCAGAAGUGGCAGUCAUGGCAAUCCUCAAGGCCGCUCAGGAGGACCAGUCUAUCUUUGAGCUCUGGAUUCUGGCAUGCCACAGGCAGACACUCCAGUCGCCGUCUCCUACGGGCCAUCCCCAGACAUGUCGCCCAGAUACUGCAAGCGGAUGUGCUUUGGCAGAUGGGACACACUGGCUCUGGAGUUAAGGUAGCAGUAUUUGACACUGGGCUGAGUGAGAAGCACCCUCACUUUAAAAAUGUUAAGGAGAGAACCAACUGGACCAAUGAGAAAACACUGGAUGAUGGGUUAGGUCAUGGUACUUUUGUUGCUGGGGUUAUUGCCAGCAUGAGGGAGUGCCAGGGAUUUGCUCCAGAUUCUGAACUGCAUAUCUUCAGAGUUUUUACCAAUAACCAGGUGUCCUACACCUCCUGGUUCUUAGAUGCCUUUAACUAUGCCAUUCUGAAGAAGAUAGAUGUCUUAAACCUCAGUAUAGGGGGACCAGACUUUAUGGACCAUCCAUUUGUUGAUAAGGUUUGGGAACUCACAGCCAACAAGGUGAUUAUGGUGUCUGCUAUUGGCAAUGAUGGCCCAUUGUAUGGAACCCUGAAUAAUCCUGCAGAUCAGAUGGAUGUUAUUGGUGUCGGAGGGAUUGAUUUUGAGGACAACAUUGCCAAGUUCUCGUCCAGGGGCAUGACAACAUGGGAGCUGCCAGGUGGCUAUGGAAGGGUGAAGCCUGAUAUUGUGACGUACGGCUCUGGUGUGCGUGGUUCAGGAUUGAAGGAGGGCUGUCGUUCUCUUUCUGGCACGAGUGUUGCAUCACCUGUGGUGGCUGGAGCUGUCACACUGCUUGCCAGCACUGUGUUGAACAGAGAGUUGGUAAACCCAGCCAGUAUGAAGCAGGCACUGAUUGCGUCAGCCCGCAGGUUGCCAGGUGUCAACAUGUUUGAGCAGGGCCAUGGUAAACUUGACCUGCUCAGAGCCUACCAGAUCCUUAACAGCUACAAGCCACAAGCCAGCCUAAGCCCUAGCUACAUAGAUCUGACUGAGUGCCCAUACAUGUGGCCCUACUGCUCUCAGCCCAUUUACUAUGGUGGCAUGCCAACUAUUGUCAACGUGACCAUUCUUAAUGGUAUGGGUGUGACUGGCAGGAUUGUGGACAAGCCCAUCUGGCAGCCCUACCUGCCUCAGAAUGGGGAUUAUGUUGAAGUGGCAGUAUCUUACUCUCCUGUGCUCUGGCCCUGGGCUGGAUACCUGGCUGUCUCCAUAUCCGUGGCUAAGAAAGCUGCAUCAUGGGAAGGCAUCGCUCAGGGUCAUGUCAUGGUUACAGUGGCCUCACCAGCAGAGAAUGAUUCUGCAAUAGGUGGUGAGAUGACCUCCACAGUGAAGUUACCAGUGAAGGUGAAGAUUGUCCCCACUCCCCCACGUAGUAAGAGGAUUUUGUGGGAUCAGUACCAUAACCUACGCUACCCUCCUGGCUACUUCCCCAGAGACAACCUGCGUAUGAAGAACGAUCCACUUGACUGGAAUGGUGAUCAUAUUCACACCAACUUUAGAGACAUGUAUCAGCAUCUUCGGAGCAUGGGCUACUUUGUGGAGGUCUUGGGGUCACCAAUCACUUGCUUUGAUGCCAGUCAGUAUGGGACCCUGUUGAUGGUGGACAGUGAGGAAGAGUAUUUUCCAGAAGAGAUCACCAAGCUGAGGAGAGACAUAGAUAAUGGCCUGUCUCUCAUCAUCUUCAGUGACUGGUACAACACAUCAGUCAUGAGAAAAGUCAAGUUCUACGAUGAGAACACCAGGCAAUGGUGGAUGCCAGACACAGGGGGUGCUAACGUGCCAGCCUUGAAUGACCUGAUCUCUGUGUGGGGUAUGGCCUUCAGUGAUGGCCUGUAUGAGGGAGACUUCACAAUGGCAGAUCAUGACAUGUAUUAUGCUUCUGGUUGCAGCAUCGCUCGAUUUCCAGAGGAUGGAAUUGUUAUUGCUCAUACCUUAAAGGAUCAAGGACUAGAGGUCUUGAAACAAGAGACGGCAGUUGUGGAAAAUGUGCCUGUGCUUGGACUGUACCAAACGCCCACAGAGGGGGGAGGUCGCAUAGCACUCUAUGGAGACUCCAACUGCAUUGAUGACAGUCACAGACAGAAAGAGUGCUUUUGGAUGCUGGAUGCUUUGCUGCAAUACACGUCCUAUAGCAUGACUCCACCCAGCCUUGCCCACUCUAAAAACAGAGUAGUGCCCCCUACAGGCACAGACAAACCAUUACCACAGAGAUUGGAAGGAAAUCACCUCUAUCGUUACUCCAAAGUGCUAGAGGCUCAUCUGGGUGACCCGAAGCCUCGUCCUCUACCUGCAUGCCCUCAUUUAUCUUGGGCUAAACCACAGCCACUUAAUGAGACUGCUCCUAGCAAUCUGUGGAAGCAUCAGAAGCUACUGUCAGUGGACAUGGACAAGGUUGUUUUGCCUAAUGUGAGGCCGUAUCGGCCUCAGGUUCGACCCCUGUCUCCUGGGGAAAGUGGAGCUUGGGACAUCCCUGGAGGAAUAAUGCCAGGCCGUUAUAAUCAAGAGGUGGGCCAGACAAUCCCAGUUUUUGCAUUUCUUGGUGCCAUGGUUGUGCUUUCCUUCUUUGUGGUGCAAUUGACCAAGGCUAAGAGUAAGCCCAAGCGCAGGAAACCCAGAGUGAAACGACCACUUUACCUUCAACAACAGCAACCACAAACUCCACACACAGGCAAAAAUCCCACAGUAUGAUCGGCCACCCACCACACCUGAACACGCCACCUCUGAACAUGGACAAAGAAAUGAGGAACAGAUAUCCUCGAGGUGUGUGUGUUGCCGUGAUGAUGAGAUUUUUAGACUCCGAUUGGCUGAGUCUGUGCUUGAGAUGAGCCUGCCUCCUGUGCCCGGAUAAGGGCCUUGUGUACUGGACAUCCAUGUUCUCUCUCUUGUCGUUAUUCAUCACACGCCUUUCAAUUAAGUGACCAAAUGGAGAAAUGUUUCCUCAUUUAAUUUAUUAAUAAUGAUAGAUUGACCCUUGCUUUGUAUGUCAAAUUGAACAACCAAAACUAACCGUUCAGUUUCCUUGAUCAACAUAUUGGACUAUUUCCACAUGUCUACAUUUUUAUAUUUUGUUAAAAUGUGUUUUUAUAAAAUGGGGUCGUUUGUAAAUAGCCAUCAAAAUUUCACUGUUGGUGUGAAAAUAUCAAUGUUUUAAAUAUAUCUUAUCCAAUAUAAAGCAGAAAACUUGACUUUUGUCUUUGUAAUAGCUCUUGGAUCAGUCUUGUGGCAAGGGUUACAAUGGAAAAAACAGAAUUGUUUUUGUCUUUUUAUCUAAAGGAUGAUUCAGGUAACUGUCAAGAGUAUAUAUGGUUUUGGAAUGGUUAUUUUGCUACUUUACAAGGUGGAUGAACCUAUUUGUUCUUUGUUUGCAUAAGAUGGAUGAAACUGUCUGUGUUUGAAUGUGUGGCCUGCCAGUUUGCCUGAACACUUUGCUGUUUAGGAGUGAAAUAUCACCUCGGAAACUCUUUUGGAUGAGAGCCAUGUUUUAGGUCCAUUUUUUGUAGUCAUCUUUAUUAAGUGAAGGAUAAGUUUAUACACAAGCUGUGACAUACAGUGGUCCCAAAAGUAUUUGGACACCAAACCAUGAAUGUCAUUGCAUUUCAGUGUGGCAUUUAUUUUAAAGUCUGGGCACAAGCUUAACAUUUUACAAGAGAUUUUA